AUGAAGUAUCUAUUCUAUUUUAUUUUUUUACAUUUGAUUAUUGCUAUACCUCAAAUCAAUCUUCAUAAUACAGGUUGGGUAAGUGAAAAUGAAAAUGAAAAUAAUGAUGUAUUACAGCAUGAUUGUUUGCGUAUUGAUGUUUUAAAUGAAGAAGGAAAUGUUAGUCGUGAAAUAAUAGUGUAUUGUAUGAGUGAAUUACCAUUGAAAUUUCAUAUAGAAGAAAAUGAUUUUUUUCCAAAAUUUACUUUUGAUCAACUUUCAAAACAAAAUAUAACAAGUCAACAAUUAUAUCUUUGGUCAACACCAAUAGAUAUCAUUGAAGAUUAUCAAUUGUAUUUAAAUCAAUUAUCAAUAUCAAAUGAUUUAGUGUUAUCAAAAAAAAUCUUUUAUAAUUGUACAUUACCAAGAUUUGGUUCAAUGUGUCAAUAUGAAAUUGAUUAUUAUCAUUCAAAUUAUCUAUCUUUAUAUGAAAUGAUUAAUGAUUUCUAUUAUAUUUAUAAAUAUAAUCCAACUAAUUUGACUUGUUAUACUCAUUUACAAUGUAAUCGUGGUCAUUCUCCAGCAUGUUUAGAUUGGACUGAAAUUUGUAAUGAACAAAUUGAUUGUCUUGAUGGUGGAUUUGAUGAAGAACAUUGUUGGCAACUUGAAAUAAAUGAAUGUAAUGAAAAUGAAUAUCGAUGUACUAAUGGACAAUGCAUACCAAAAUCAUUUUUUCAAGAUGAUAUUUAUGCUCCUGAUUGUUUUGAUGGUUCUGAUGAAUUUCAAGAAUCUGUUGUCACACUAGCCUCAUGUGAUGCACUGAUGCCAUCAUUUAAAUGUGAAGAUGUAACAUGUAGGUAUUCACCUUUAACAAGUUCUUGUGUGAAGAAACGUGAAAAUUUAAUAUUCCAAAGCAUGCAUUCAAUCAAAGACAAUUCAACAUCUAAUAAAUGUCGGUCUGCAUUCCAAUGUCUUCCUGUUCAUUUACGAGAUCGAUUUGAUUCAAAUUGUAAUAAUGUUUGUACAUACGAUAUGUGUUAUGAAAUCAUUGAACAUGACUGCCCAGAUAUGUUGUAUAUCCCAACUAUUCCAGUUUUAUUUGCUGAUAUUUAUUUUGCUUAUGAAAAAUAUAAUUCAACAAUGUUGGACCGUCAGACAUUUCUAUUUCCCUAUAUAUGCUAUAAUAAUUCUCGUUACAAUAAUUAUUUUGUCGCAGAUUCAAAUACGGUAUACAAUUAUUCAACUGUAUUAUUCAAUAAUCUAACGUGUCAUCGUCGUAUUAUACCAAUAAUGCUUUGGCAACUCACUGUCAGUUCAUUAUCCCGAUUAUAUUUACGAAAGUUACAGCCAGAACUUUGGCGAUACCAUGAAAUUUAUAACUAUAAUUCUUCAAUUUGUAAUAGAUCGAAUAUGUAUCAAUGUUCCAAUUCAUUGAAAUGUAUUUCUAUACAUCGUCUCAUGAAUGGUGUAAAUGAUUGUCCUAAUAGUGAUGAUGAAAAUAAAAUUUCGAUCAAUUAUACUGUUUCAACAGAAGAAAUUAUAAAUAUAGAUGAAGUGAAUGAUGAAGAAACAAAAAUGAAAAUUCGAUAUGCAAGAAAACAUAUUUCAUUCCAAACAAUUUGUGAUGGAUUUACUGAAUUAUUACCAAUAACAAUAAAUGGACAAAAUGAAACAGAUGAAACUGAAUGUGAACAAUGGCCAUGUAAUAAUAUUUAUACUCAUUGUAAUGGUUUAUGGAAUUGUCUUAAUGGUGCAGAUGAAAUUGAUUGUGAUUUAUCAUCAUUAUUAUCAUUAAAUUAUUCUUCAGAUCAUCACAAAUGUGUUUCACCUUAUACAAAUCAAUUUAUUUAUUUACCUAUUAACAAAGCAAAUGAUGGCAAAGUUGAUUGUCUUGGCGCUAUGGAUGAACCAAAAUUAUGUCGCACAAAGUACCGAAUAACUUAUGACUAUAAUUUUUAUUGCAUGAAUCAAAGCUCGGAACCAUGUAUCGUUGCGCAAUAUCUAUGUAAUAAUAUUAAUAAUUGUUAUUAUGGAGAUGAUGAACAAUUUUGUAUAAGAAAUCGAACACUUUUUAUAUAUUGUUGGUCGCUGGACUUAUCAUUCGGUUCAGAUGUCGAGAAGUUUUUAUGCAAACAAAUGGAUAGUUUUAAAAAAGAACCAGUUGUAUACUUUACACUUGAUGGAAUGAACAAUUCGGUUAAAGAUCUAACAAAAAAUAGUGCAAAUGAAAUAUCUUCAAGUUUACCUCUUCUUAAAAAGUCUGAUCAAUAUCAACCUCGUUGUCAUCGUGGUAUUGAUUUACGUGUUUGGUUAAAUAAUAAAAAUAAUAUAACCAAAAAUACAUGUCUCUGUCCACCUAGUUAUUAUGGUGACAAAUGUCAAUAUCAAAAUCAACGAAUAAGUUUAUCAAUUAAAUUUCGAGCAUUAUCUAAUUCAUGGCAAAUACCAUUUGCAAUUGUUAUUUUAUUAAUUGAUGAUAAUAAUGAACAAAUAAUUCAUUCAUAUGAACAAUUUACUUAUUUAUCAAUUAGAGAUUGUAAAAUUAAAUUUAAUAUUUAUUUAAUUUAUUCAAAUAGACCAAAAAAUCAAACAAAAAAUUAUGGAAUACAAUUUAAUAUUUAUGAAAAAAUUUCAUUAAAUUAUCGAGGAAGUUUAUUUUUUCCAAUUAAAUUUUCAUUUUUACCUGUUCAUCGUUUAUCAUUAAUAAUUGAUAUUCCUAGUGAUAAUAUUAAUAUUGAAAGUUGUUCAAAUAAUCCAUGUAUUAAUGGUAAAUGUAUUAAAUAUUUGAAUAAUAAACAAAAUAAAAUAUUUUGUCAAUGUAAUGAAGGAUGGUCUGGACGUUAUUGUACAAUUGAACAUUCUUCAAAGUGUUCAUCUGAUUCAUUAUAUAUUGGUGUUUCUCCUAAUAAUCAAUCAAUAUGUAUUUGUCCUAUUAAUAAAUUUGGUUCUCGAUGUCUUCUUAACAAUACGAUUUGUCAAAAUAAUGAAAAUUUAACAUGUCAAAAUGGUGGUCAAUGUAUUCCUACUGAUGAAUAUAUGAUAUCGAAUAAAAAAUUUAUAUGUAUUUGUCGAAAAGGUUAUACUGGAGAUCGAUGUGAAAUAGAUGAUAAUAAAAUAAUUUUAUCAUUUGAAAAAAAUAUUAUUUUAUCACAGUCAAUAUUUAUUCAUUUUAUUGAAGUUAUCAAUAAUAAUAGACCAAUAAGAUCGACUACAUUUCAAAGAAUUCCUGUUAUAGAAGAUUUUAUUACAAUUCUUUGGUCAAGACCAUUUCAUAUUGUUUUUAUUGAGCUUUUUGAAAAAAAUUAUUAUUUAACUAUUGUUCAAAAUGUUUAUAAUCGAUCAAUAAUAAUUAACAAAAUGAUAAAUCCAUCAGAUCGUUGUCAACAUAUAAGUGAAAUAUUUAAUGAAAGUAUUGUUAAAUUAGAUCUUAUUCGUCGUAUAAAAUAUUAUUAUUUACCAUGUCAAAUAUCAACAUUAAAUCUUUCUUGUUUUUAUGAUGAUAUUCAUCUUUGUUUAUGUUAUGAUUAUUAUAAACAACGUCUUGCUAAUUGUUUUGAAUUUGAUCAUAAUAUGACAUUUGAUUGUUUAGGUCAAAGUGUUUGUCAAAAUGGAGGAAAAUGUUUUCAAGAUACUCCAUAUUGUCCAAAAAAAUCAAUGUGUGUUUGUUCCUCAUGUUUUUAUGGGACACAAUGUCAAUUUAGUACACGUGGAUUUGGUUUAUCACUUGAUGCUAUUUUAGGUUAUCAUAUUAUACCAAAUGUUAGUAUCAUACAUCAAUCAACUAUUGUAAAAAUAAGUUUAGUAUUGAAUAUUAUCUUUAAUGUAGCUGGUUUUAUUAAUAGUAUUCUUGCUAUGAUAACAUUUAAAAAUAAAAUUAUACUUGAAGUUGGUUGUGGUAUAUAUUUAUUAGGUUCAUCAAUAACAACUAUACUUACAAUGAUUUUAUUCGGAUUAAAGUUUUGGAUACUUAUUCUUUCACAGAUGGCAUUCAUAUCAAAUCGAACAUUCUUACAUAUUCAAUGUAUUUCUCUUGAUUUUCUUCUACAAUUAUGUCUUAAUAUGAAUCAAUGGUUAAAUGCUUGUGUAGCCAUUGAACGAGCAUUUACAAUAAUAAAAGGUACUAGUUUUCAAAAGAAAAAAAGUAAACAAGCAGCUAAAAUAAUCAUUGUUGCUCUUAUUAUUUUUAUCAUAAGUACGUCAGUUUACGAUCCUUAUUAUCGACGUUUAAUUGAUGAAGAAAAUGAUAGUGAAAUGAGAAUAUGGUGUAUUAUUACUUAUUCAACUAGUUUACAAGUAUUUAAUUCUAUAAUGCAUACUUUUCAUUUUUUUGCUCCAUUUGUGAUCAAUUUAAUAUCAGCUAUUAUUCUGAUAACAAAGAAAUCUCAUCAACAAUCAAAUUUUCAAACUCAUCGAACUUACAACCAACUUUUACGAGAACAACUUCAUCAACAUAAAAGUUUAUUUAUUGCUCCAGUUGUAUUAGUUAUUCUUGCAUUACCACGUCUAAUAAUACAUUUUGUAUCAAAAUGUAUGAAAUCAGCAAGUGAUUCAUGGUUGUUUCUUAUAGGAUAUUUUAUUUCAUUUAUUCCAUCUAUGCUUACUUUUGUUAUAUAUAUAUUACCAUCAAAUUUUUAUAAAGAACAAUUUCAUAAGAGUAUUGCUCGAUAUCGAACUAAUAUACAACGACGUUUGAAGAUUAUUUCAUCAAGAUAA